AUGGCGGGCAAAGUAUCUCGACUACAAGCCAUCACUCGGGCCCUCCAGAAGGCAAACCGCAGUCCUCAUGUCCCGUCUCAUCGACAGUCCGCCACCACCCCGCAAAGUCGCGGCGCAGCCAACUCUGCUCUCACGCCCUCCAAUACCGAUAAACAGCUCGAUGCCGGAGAGUACAAUGGCCAAUCGACGCCACAGCGAAGUGGUGCCAAUCCGCCAUCGACAACGCGCUCAACGCCGGUACCCAGAACCGAGCGACAACCGCUUCGCACGCCAGGAUCCCGGUUCUCUGAAAAUGUUGGUAGUUAUGGAAGCAUACUCGCAACGCCGCCACAACAACACCAUACCGCAGGUUCGGAUAUAGGCUCCUUUGAACUUCCGGACCCGGCACUUGACCCAGAUGAGGACUAUCUGCCACACGAGGAUACUGCAGACAAACCCAGGAACCUCCGGACUCCUUCGCCGGUCAUGGAUCGCCGUGGCAUGCUGAACACUUCCCCGUCUCGCCCUAUAUCAGAACCAUUACCGGCGCAGAGGCCCCAAUUGGACCAGCGGAUGAGCUGUCAGAGUCAAAUGGGUGACACCUUAACAAAGGUGCCGUCGGGCAACCGGACAUCAGAGCUUUUGCGUCGCGUGUUCACAGCGGAGGGAGAGCCUGGCGGGAGGCGACAGGUUGAUUCUGGCGCCGGCGCCGAGGUUGAUAGACGCCAGGACGAGUUCUUCGAGUUCUUGGAUAGCCAGUUGCACAAGAUUGAUACGUUUUACGUGAUGAAAGAGCAAGAGGCCACCGAGAAACUGCGUGUCCUUCGCCAGCAGUUACACAUCAUGCGAGACCAGCGCAUGCAAGAGGUCGAGGCUGCUAAGAGAGGCGUCAAUUCCGAUGACUCGGAAACACAGCAACGGCCAAAUGGAUUCGCAAAAAUCAGGAAUGGUCGAAUCAAGGAUACAUUCGUGGGAAAGAAUCGUUUCGGUAAGAAUACUGAAGCGCUGGCCCAGAUGGCGACUCCUGGUAUGCACGCCCAAGAUGAUUUCAUUGCCAACCGGAGGGACUUUAUGCGGCGGCAGGAUCCACAAAGUCAAGAAGUGCCAUAUCGCUCCGCCAAGCGCAAACUCAAACAUGCUCUGCAGGAGUUCUACCGCGGAGUGGAACUUCUCAAGGGAUAUGGCUAUUUGAAUCGAACGGCCUUCCGGAAGAUUAACAAGAAAUACGACAAAGCGGUCAACGCCCGUCCACCGCUCCGGUACAUGUCUGAAAAGGUCAACAAAGCGUCCUUUGUACAGAGUGACGUGAUUGAAAGCUUGAUGGUAGCGGUCGAAGAUUUGUAUUCCCGUUACUUCGAGCGCGGUAAUCGCAAAAUCGCCGUCUCGAAACUCCGUCACACAAUCAACAAAUCUGGUGAUUACUCACCAAAUACUUUCCGCUCCGGUCUCUUGUUGAUGGGCGGAACUCUGUUUUCCAUCAAGGCAUUGGUUGAUGCUACGUCAAAUCUCCGCUCCGAUGAUGUCGCUGAACAUGUUCAGACCAGCUAUCUCCUCCAGAUAUAUGGUGGGUAUUUCCUCAUCGUGUUCCAUGUCUUGCUCUUCUGCUUGGAUUGUAUGAUCUGGACAAAGUCGAAGAUCAAUCAUGCAUUUGUUUUCGAAUACGAUAGCAGACACACCUUGGAGUGGCGUCAGUUGCUGGAGAUCCCUGCCUUCUUCCUUUUCUUGAUGGGCCUAUUCAUGUGGCUCAACUUCUCAUGGUACAACCACAUGUAUAUCUACUGGCCUGUCGUCCUUAUUGGCUUGACGAUCAUUAUAAUUUUCUUGCCGGCCCGUGUUCUUUACCACAGGAGCCGCAAAUGGUUUGCUUUUUCCAAUUGGCGCCUUUUGCUUGCCGGAAUCUACCCAGUCGAGUUUCGUGAUUUCUUCCUUGGCGACAUGUACUGUUCUCAAACAUAUGCCAUGGGAAACAUUGAGCUCUUCUUCUGUCUAUACGCCUCAUACUGGGGCUACCCUCCCAAGUGCAACUCCUCCCACUCUCGGCUCUUGGGCUUCUUCCAAUGCCUUCCCUCUGUCUGGCGAGCUUUACAAUGUAUACGCCGAUACCUGGGCACGAAGAACGCAUUCCCCCACCUCCUGAACUUGGGCAAGUACAUAUUUGGCGUCCUCUUCUAUGCAACUCUCAGCAUGUACCGCAUCGACCUCCAAACCCGGUUCCAAGCCUCAUUCAUCACCUUCGCCCUCUUGAACGCCGUCUACACCUCAGUAUGGGACUUAAUCAUGGACUGGAGUUUGGGUAACCCAUACGCAAAGAACCCAAUGCUCCGCGAAGUCCUCGCCUUCCGUCGCGUAUGGGUAUACUACGCUGCAAUGCUGCUCGACGUAGUCGUCCGGUUCAACUGGAUCUUCUACGCAGUAUUUAUCAAAAAUAUACAGCAGUCCGCCCUACUUAGCUUCCUGGUCUCCUUUUCAGAAGUCUGCCGCCGCGGCGUCUGGUCCAUCUUCCGCGUCGAAAAUGAGCACUGCACAAAUGUUCUCCUCUUCCGUGCUUCCCGUGAUGUCCCUCUCCCCUACGACAUCCCCUCCCCAGCUGCACCCCCCCUCGACGGCUCAGCAGAAGACGUCCAACUCCAAGAACAGCAGCACGCCUCGACACCCUUCAUGUCGCCCGGCGACGUCGAGCAGGGCACACCCUCCAUGUCCAGCAUGCGCCACCGCAACCGCCGCCCCUCGGUUGGUAUCAGCCGGGUCGGCACGAUCGUGGCCUCAGCGCACGCGCAGGAUUUCGAGCGAAGACGUCUGCCAAACUUCAUGUCGAGCGCGAGUUUAGGACGGGAUAUGGAUCAAGGCGCAGACGAUAGCACGGACGAAGACGACGAGACGGAUAUAAGCACGGAUGAGGAUUCGCGAGCGAGACCGGUCUCAGAGCGCAGGGACACGAUGGGUCGGAUUAUUGAGUAG